UUUUGAGUACUCUAUUCCUAGAGACACAACAACAUAUCUUCUUCACUAAAAUGGCGAUGCCGAGGCAACUGACUCAGAAGCCUUUGCUUAUGUUAUUCCCUGAACAGUUUAAGCUGUACCACCGAUAUUUCGGGACUCCCUCAAGAAAUUUGGCCCUCAAAAAGAUUUGGCCACAACAAACACAAGAAAACUUGUUCCAUCCAUGCCAGCCAGCCAGACAAUCAGGCAACCAGCUCUCUUUAUGAUUGAUCACACAGGUGCCAACCCAGCGUUGAAUUUGGAGUGGUUGAGAAAUGCAGGUGAGUUCGGGUGAGAAUGAACGCUCCAUUAAUUCUAGUUGUCGUGCAACCGAAUAUACAGAGUUAAUGGUGGGCAGUUUGAGGGAAGAUUUCAGAAAAAAAAUGAAAGUAACCGAAGAUCAUCGGCAGGAGAGAUCCACACAAAACAAUUACCACCAUAAAGAUCAGCUUUUAAACCACGAGAAUCCACGUCUACCACCAGUGGUAAGAGAUCAGGAGGAGGAGGAAUUUAGUUUCGUAUGCGCAAAUCCUUCAGGACCCUUGAUAUCUGCAGAAGAUAUAUUCCAAAAUGGUAUGAUUAGGCCGAUUUACACUUUAUGCAACCGUGAUGAUCUCCAGUUUGCCGAGGAUGUUAGAAUUAAAGCAAAAACAUCAACCCCAUCAACUCCGUUAAUGUUCAUGGAAGAGCGCAGCGAAACGGAGGGACCGUGCUGCGUGUGGUCAGGGGGCCACACGGUAUCACGAAAUCAACAGAUAUGCAAGAAGAGAAACUUCACAAGGUUUUCAAAGCUAAGGAGAAUACGAGAAUUUGUUCUUCCAAGUUGCAGACUGCUUGGCAGCGACGCCUUCAUCCUCUUUGAUCAUAAAUAUUAUUCUUCUAAACAUCCAACAACAAUAAGGACGACUGCCAGCAAAAAUGUUCUUAAUCAGGAGAAGAAGAAAUAGCAGAUGCGUAAAAUGCUGUCUUCGUCAACACACAAAUUGCAUUUAUACCUAUGAAAUAGAGCGAUCCAAGGUGGGGAUAAACAGAAAUCAUAC